UUCAAAAACAGUUGAAUUACGGUGGCAUGGUUUGUUACUCACUGCUUGUAUUUUUUCAUUGUGUUAUUCAGUCAGAUUGUCAAUAUAUUUGAUUAUUUCAAGAAAAACUCAAUGGAGAUUUGACACCAUGGAGACGUUGUACAAGGCCAAGUUCAUGACUAGCAGUGAACAAAUGCUUCAAAGGGAAGCAUCAAACCAUGUCGCUUUGCACAAAAGACCAAAGGAAACAUUGAGAAUAACAGAAAGUUCAUGCAAAAUGCAGAAGAAGAAUUAACAAUCACAAAUAAAAAUUGUGCUGGUUUAGCAGAUAAUGAUAAUGGGUAUUAUUCAGUUUUGCAACAAUAUUAUGGACCAUUAUCAUCCAAAUGCCAAAAGGUUGGAACAAAGAUGGCAGACAAGUUCCAGAUUGAACAUGACACAGUGGAUGAUGAUGAGAUGAAAAGUGCAAAGAGUAGAAAUAGUUCCUCAGAUUCUGUUGCAAGUAUGAAAUUGUCAAAGGGCUCUGUGAGAAAACUUGGUAAUAAUCAGCAGCGAAUUUCAGCAGUGUGUUUUUCAGAAACUGGAAAUACCAGGACUGAACCUGAACAAAACUGUCACUUGCCUUGUCUGAAUAGAAUAAGCCUGCACCAGGCAAUUGAGCGCAGAUCUGUAAGUCAGUCUGCAAACCAUGCAGAACGAAUUAGCACUGACAAGUUGUGCUUAGAAGACUGUGUGCGAAAUGUAGAAAGUACCCGCAGUGAGAAAGAAGCUCAUCCAGACCUUUUCCCUCACCUGGUGCCUACAGUUGUUUUCCCAAGUUCAGUUCAACACAUUACUUUUCUAACUUCAACUUGUGAGAAGCCUGAAGGAAAGAUGAUCAAAAUAACAAAGCAUCCUGGUGCCAAAAUUCAAUCAACUAAAUCUAACUCCUCUAUAGCAACCAGUUUAAGCAAAACAUCUAUGAAGUCUAGUGCUGGCAAGAUCUCCGAAGGAACUCUUUGUCACAGCACCAUCAGCGAAUGUUCUGACAAAAAAUGUAAAGUUAGUUCUAUUGUGGGUGAAGAGGAAACAAGAGAAGAAUAUAUUUCUGACUUCAAUCCUAUGUUUUGCGAGAAGGGACGAGCACACACUGGAAGUGUACUUCCUCUCAUGGAGUCUGGCAUGAGAAGGCACAAUCAGAAGCAGCCUUGGAAGUCUGUCCCAAAGAAGUCAUUUGAUGGGCAUAAUCAUCCUCAAAUGUUGGUUCGCAAUGUUCCUAAAAUGGGAGAAGAAUGGAAGGAUAUCUUUGAAAAGGAGACUUUGAAGAGAAGCACGAAAGGCUGCUUAUGAAAGAAACAUCUUGUACCCGUCAUUAAACCGAGAUGUUAGCUACUCACUUCCUGAAGAAUCUACUGAGUUUUGUGUUAAUUGCUUUUAUGGACAGAAGCAAGACUGGAGAUUCAAGCAACCUUGUCACCAACACUCCCCUUGUUAUCAGAGUGUGCAUAGUCUAGGAUUACUGAAUGCAGUCAGCAGACACUGAAACAGCUCUAUUUCUACGAAACAACUGAACAAACAUCUACCAUGAAUCAUGAAAUGGCUGUGAAUAUAAAUGCAUCAUCUUAUCAGUUUUACUGUGACGAAAAGUGCACUUUUCAAGCUAAGGAUGAACAGAACUGUUUGCGACUCCCAGAAUCAGUGAACUUGAUGCUGCGUAAAAGUCCUUCAACAGAACGUACUAUUGAAUUAUCUAAUGGUGGUAAGGUUCCUAUAAUAACAAUGACUUGUCCUACUCCAGCACCACAUCGAGCAUCUUCACAGUGAGAAGCUUUUCAGAAGGUUGUUGUCAAUUUGCUUCGCCUUAAUGAGAAAGAAAUCCGAUGGGUAAUCGAAUGGUAACAGUUAUAUUUUUAGUCCACACUAGUCAGGAUGUGUGUGUGUAUGUGGUUCAGGCAAGUGACAAACCCACAUAUUGAGGCCCAUAGAAAUUUUAGCUUCGCAUUUCCAUAUUCAGGCUCCAACUUGCACCCAGACCCUGCAGGAAUCACUGGCCAGUGAGAAGAAACUUAGGAUGCUGACCACUCCCACCAGGGAACAGCAGGAGUGCGGUUUUAAUGUGCUUUUUAGUAUCGCCUGUAUAUAUAGGAAUGGCUUACAGGGUGAGAUGAUGGAACAUAUUCAAUGAUAAAUUGUCUGCAUUGGUAAAAUAACUUCUUAUAUCAUUUUGGAUUCCUUCGUGAUCAAUAAGAUGUUUUAGAAGCGCGGUCAUUUAGGAAAUUGGAGCCAGUCUGAGAUCUUGUAUUAAUCUCUUUUUUAACACUAGUUAUUUUGUUUCAAUAAAAAUAAGAAAUUAUGUUUUUAAUAUUCACUGGUAUUGGCAGACUGUGCACCUUUUAUCAUCAAGGAAAGUGGGGGGGGGGUGGAAUUGGCUCUUCGGUCGUAACAAAGAUUUUAAAGUUUUUUCGCCAUGCAGCUCUGUCACACAAAAAGUACAAUGUAGUUUUAGUCAAAAUAGAAGAGGCAAUUACAAGAUUUUCCCAUGUAAAAGAAAGAGUUUUAUUGUUGAAUACAGCAUGCCUGAAUGCCUUUGAACCAUAAAAUGCUGCGGUCUACAUGCGUUGGAUUGAAUUGAUGACAGGACCUUCUUAAAUCAUGACUACACCCUUUAUAUCCCUUGUAAGUAGUAAGAUUUUACACACAACUUGACCAGCCACAUGUGGUUAGACAUAUAUAAUUAAGAAAUGCAAAUCUGUGAAAUAUGUUUCAGAACCUUUCGAAACCCCACUCCUGAACUACUGGAUAAGCAUGUAUGCAUCCUUCAUGUCCAGCACUGUUGCAAUCCUUGGAGGUUUCUGGGAUACUAAUACUUAAAAUACUGGAAUCAGCAAGUGAGUAGUAGCAUUAUGGCAUGGCUGAAUGGAAAACUAGCCAUUUUUAAACUAACUUUAUUUUACUGCUGCAAAAAUAUCAUAGGGUCAGUUAUGGAAAGGCAACACAGCUAAUUCUCUCCUACUGCCUUGCUGAAGCAUUAGAAACAGAGAUUACAUGAGCUGCACAACUGGCGUGGGCUCAUGCCUGCCAAGGAUAUGUACCAUUGACCCCAGUAUAUCCAUUAAGGGCAGGAGCAAAGCUAUGGAAUAGUACAACUUUCUGCUCCAUCCAUGAUCAUUGGUAGUUCCUGGGCGUUUGACUGACUAAAUGAUAUAAAAAGAUUUGACGCUGGUUCAUUUGACUAAAGUUAUUAUAAUUCAGGUGUUUGACUUACAUUGUGCCAUUGAUUGUAAAUCUAAUUAAACAUUUCUAAGUCAGAAGGUAUGAUACAUUCCACUGAUUUCAAGGUUGACAAUGUAAAUAAUGUAACAAUAGAUGGACAUUGCCAAAAUAUUCAGUCAAAUUAUAACAUCGACAUGCAGAAAUAUUAUC